AUGACCGAUGUUUUGAGUGCCGUUCAUGAAAGCGACAUGGAAACGAAAGAUGAAAGGCAACAGUUUGUUAGUUCGUUGCCGUGUCGUAGCGAUGAGCAUCCAUUAGAAUUCACUUAUGUAUUCUCGUAUUUUGUGAGACCUCAAGGUAAAUUUGACCCGGAAGAAUAUGCUGCAUAUGUCCAGCCUGUUGCUUCCUUCAAUUCAGUUGAACAGUUCUGGAACACCUAUCGACAUAUUAAGCGUCCUUCUGAUAUUACAGACAAAGUUGACUUUCAUAUGUUCAAACAAGGAAUCAAGCCUGUUUGGGAGGACGCGGCUAAUCGGAAGGGUGGGAAAUGGAUUCUACGACUACGGAAAGGACUUUCGUCGAGGAUUUGGGAGAAUCUUUUGUUGGCGAUGAUAGGUGAACAGUUUUUGGUUGGUGAAGAGAUAUGUGGCGCGGUUUGUUCGAUUCGGAAUCAGGAGGACAUAGUGUCACUGUGGAAUCGAACCGCUGAUAAUGUGGGUACAACGAAUCGCAUUCGCGAUACACUGAGAAGAGUAUUGAAUCUGCCUGUUAACGCCAUCUUAGAAUAUAAACGUCACGACGACUGUCUCAAGUCUGUUUCGAUUUCCCCUCUUUUUGCUUAA